CCGCCCCCCUGUUUAUACUUCCGGUCCGUCCUGCAGCUGCAGCCGCAGAAAACCUGCACUUUCUCUCAUUUUAGCGCUUUUUUCAGACCCCGACUGAAUAAAAGAGCCGCAUGGCCUCCAGAGCGGGACCGCGGGCGGCGGGGACGGACGGCAGCGACUUCCAGCACCGGGAGCGCGUGGCGGCGCACUACCAGAUGAGCGCUGCCCUGAAGUCGGAGAUCCGGAAGCUGAAUGCGGCUCAUGCGGUUCUGUGGCUGCUGAUGGUUGUUCAGGUGAUAGCGGGCGCCCUGCAGCUGCUGCCCCCCCGCCUGGUGUGCCCCCCCUACUGGUGGCAGUACCCGUACCUGCUGAGCGCCGCCCCCACCGCCCUCAACCUGCUGUCGCUGCGGCGGAACCACACGGGCUACCUGGUGGCGUCGGUGAUGGGCGGCGGCCUGCUGGGCGCCGCGCCGCUCAUGUACGGCGCCGCCGAGAUGCUGCCGGCCGCCACACGCCUGCUGCGGCAAGGCGUCGCCGACGGCCGCCUCCUGCUCGGCUUCCCCGCCGUGUCCGUCCUCUACCUGGCCGUCAUCAUCGCCGCCCAGCUGCACGGCUGGCAGAUCUACUACAGCAAGAGGCUGCUGGACCAGUGGCACGACGGCAAGAAGAAGUAGAACCCGACCCAGAACCCUGGUUCUAAUGCUUUGAUGGACUGGAAUAAUAAAAAAAAAAAAAAAAAUCUGAAAACAUUUUCAGGA